GUAUAUAUAAACAUGUAUAAGGAAGCCCAAUCGGACUUAUGUUAUCUCACAAAAUCGAUUCUGGAUAAUUCUUUAUCUCUCUCUCUCUCUCUCUCUCUCUCUCUCAACAUAUGGAUAUUCAGGGAGCAGCGGGAGUAGUGUUGCUGUAUUGUUGGGUUCUAACAUGUCUCAUGAUCGUCGGAACGACGGCGAAUGGAGAGAGUCAAACGCUAAACGCUGCGGUUAGGGAACGCGGUCUCCGGGCGCGGCGGCCGGAGCACAGAAACGCGUACGCGACGAUGAUGUACAUGGGAACGCCGAGGGACUACGAGUUCUACGUGGCGACACGUGUCCUCAUCAGGUCGCUCCGAUCGUUCCACGUGGACGCAGAUAUCGUCGUCAUCGCUUCCCUCGACGUCCCUCCCCGAUGGGUUCGGUCCAUGGAAGAGGAAGACGGAGCAAAGGUGGUGAGAGUGGAGAACGUGGAGAACCCGUACAAGGGGCAGAGAAAUUUCAACAGGAGAUUCAAACUGACACUGAACAAGCUCUACGCGUGGGCCCUGUCCGACUACGACCGAGUCGUCAUGCUCGACGCCGACAACCUCUUCCUGCGAAACGCCGACGAGCUCUUCCAGUGCGGCCAGUUCUGCGCCGUCUUCAUAAACCCGUGCAUCUUCCACACUGGUCUCUUCGUGCUGCGGCCUUCCAUGGAUGUCUUCAGGGACAUGAUCCACGAGCUUGAGCUCGGAAGACAUAACCCAGAUGGGGCCGACCAGGGCUUUCUCGUCAGCUACUUCUCCGAUUUGCUCGGCCAGCCACUGUUCCAUCCUCCGAGCAACCGCUCUGAUCUUCUCGACGGCCAUUUCAGGCUUCCCUUGGGCUACCAGAUGGAUGCUUCUUAUUACUACCUCAGACUCAGAUGGAACGUACCAUGUGGACCGAACAGCGUGAUAACGUUUCCAGGAGCCGUUUGGCUAAAGCCAUGGUACUGGUGGUCAUGGCCUGUUCUUCCAUUAGGCCUCUCAUGGCACGAGCAACGCCGUCAAACUCUUGGCUAUGCAGCGGAAAUGCCACUGAUCCUUAUCCAAGCAGCAUUCUACGUCGGAAUCAUCGUAGCCGCGCGCCUUGCACGUCCCACCAUCACAAAGUUAUGCUACAGACGCAACCUUUACGCCAUGCAAACGGCAUUCAAGCUCGCGGCAAUCGUAUCGAUCCUAUCGGCCUACAUCCUGCCCUUCUUCACCAUCCCUUGCACCAUCCACCCGCUAAUCGGCUGGUCACUCUACUUGACCGGCUCCCUCGCUCUCUCCUCCAUAGCCAUCAACUCGCUCUUGCUACCGGCGGCAUCUGUCCUAACGCCCUGGCUCGGCAUUAUAGGGUCGCUCAUAGUGAUGGCAUUUCCAUGGUAUCCAGACGGAGUGGUGAGAGCCUUGUCGGUUUUCGGGUACGGGUUUUUUUGUGCGCCCUUUGUUUGGGUGUCUCUGGUUAAGGUUAUGUCCCAUCUUCAGGUGUUGAUUGAGAAAGAGGUUUUGUUUCCGCCACGGCUGGGGGAAUCUGGGAUGAACUCCGGCUUCAGCAAAUUGUAUUAAGAUAGAUUUUUCCCCCCCGUUUUGGAUUUGGGAUUUUUUUUUUGGCACGUUGCG